UGGGGAUUGACAUAGCGCUUGAUGAUGUAAGAGCGGAUGAUAGUUGUAAUAACUAUUUAACCCAACCAAAGAAAAAAAAUCCCCUAAAACUCCCAAAUGGUGAACUUAAUAUCUCAGCUAUUGAUCAUUUGCCUAACGAUAUUAGAGAAAUUAUCACAAAUAAUAUGUUUCAUGUGCCUAAAGGACAGAGGGCACGU